AUGAGCAUCCGCGGCAAACUCAAGGAAGAACUUAAACAAAGUGAUCCAAAUGUAAAAGGACUUUAUCAACAUCAAUCAUUUGCUGAAACAGCUGUAAAUGGUCUUGAACAACGUACAUUACUCGAUAUUGAAUCGGAACCAUGGAAUACACGUCAUACGAGUAUUAUUUGUACCUUAGGUCCUGCAUCACAAAGUGUAGAAAUGCUUUCGAAAAUGAUUAGUGCAGGAAUGAAUAUAGCUCGUCUGAAUUUUUCUCAUGGAAGUCAUGAAUAUCAUCAACAAAGUAUUGAUAAUGUUCGUAAAGCCGAAAAAUUAACAGGCGUCGAAGAAAACUUUCGACCCAUUGCAAUUGCACUUGAUACCAAAGGUCCAGAAAUUCGAACAGGUGUUUUAGCUGCUGGAGUUAACAGUGAAGUUGAUUUAAAAAAUGGAGCGACUAUUUGUUUGACCACGGAUCCACAAUAUGCGAAUAAAUCAACAGAUGAACAUUUAUAUGUCGAUUACAUGAAUAUCAUCAAUGUUGUUAAGCCAGGCAAUCGUGUCUUUAUUGACGAUGGCCUUCUUUCAUUACUUGUCACAGAAGUUGGAGAUAAUUAUCUUACAUGUGAAGUUGAAAAUGGUGGUGCAUUAGGCAGUCGUAAAGGUGUUAAUCUACCAGGUGUAGCAAUUGAUUUACCUCCUCUAUCAGAAAAAGAUAUAGACGAUCUUCACUUUGCUUUGAAGAAUGAUGUUGAUAUGAUUUUUGCAAGUUUUAUUCGUCAUGCAGACGGUAUUCGAGUCAUUCGAGAAAUACUCGGUGAAAAAGGAAAACACAUUAGAAUAAUUGCAAAGAUUGAAAAUCAACAAGGCAUUCACAAUUUUGAUUCGAUUCUUGAAGCAGCUGAUGGUGUUAUGGUUGCACGUGGUGACAUGGGCAUUGAAAUUGCUCCACAAAAAGUUUUCGUCGCACAAAAAAUGAUGAUCGCUAAAUGCAAUUUAGCUGGUAAACCUGUCAUUUGUGCUACACAAAUGUUAGAGAGUAUGACGAAAAAUCCUCGUCCAACUCGUGCUGAAGUCAGUGAUGUAGCCAAUGCCGUUCUGGACAAUGCCGAUUGUGUUAUGUUAUCCGGUGAAACCGCAAAAGGCAAAUAUCCUUUACAAUGCAUUCAAUUAAUGCACCAAAUCGCUCGAGAAGCUGAAGCUUGUUUAUUUCAUCGAGAACUUUUUAGUAAUCUUAGCUAUUUUACUAAGCCACCAUUGGAUCAAAUGCAAUCAGCAGCAAUUGCUGCUGUUGAAGCAGCUUUUCGAAGUUAUGCUUCGCUUAUUGUUGUUCUUACACAUUCUGGAAAAUCCGCUGAAUUAAUAGCACAAUAUCGUCCUCGGGCAGUUAUUAUGGUUGUAACACGAUCUUUAAGAACUGCUAGACAAAUGCAUUUAUAUCGUGGUUGUUGCCCAGUUUUUGUUAACACUCAACGAAAACAUCCAUCGCAAUCAAAACUUGCGAUUGAAGAAGAACCAGAAAAAGAUGAUUGCUUGGAUCUAGACUACGAAAAAGAAGGAGAGCCUCUAUUUAAACAACAUCAUAUAUCAGCAAAUCAAGCAUUGGCUAUGAGUGAUUGGUUACUCGAUGUUGAUGCUCGUGUUAUUGACGCGAUUAAAGUCGGUAAAUCACAUGGAUUUGUUUCACCUGGUGAUGCUGUUAUUGUUGUCACAGGAUGGCGUCCUGGUUAUGGUACAACAAAUACAUUACGUAUCAUCUAUGCAGAUUAG